AACAAUCCUUUACUGUGUGUAUGCUAAUGUUAUGUUACUAGAUUUAUCAAUCAUUUAAUGUGGACCGCAAUAGUUGCAUGGAGUUGUCAAUUAAACUACAAUCGAGACACAUCACACUACCAGCAAAAUCAUUAUUAUAACGUUGAUGAAUAAGUUUCGAAGAUGAUGGAGUUGGCUCAUAGUCUGACUUUGAACGAGCAAGCUGUUGCUCAGAUUGCUGAAACCAAGCGACCGAUCUUCGUCUUCGAGUGGCUUAGGUUCCUUGACAAAGUGCUGGUGGCAGCGCAGAAGUCGGACAUCAAUGAAUGUCAGAAGAAGCUGCUGGGACAGCUGCUACAUCAGCUGACGGAGACACCCGGACCACCCAUGCGACGGCUCAUUGCUAAGAACCUCGCUGCAUUGUUCGGCGUCGGCGACACCUUCGACCUGUUUCAGACCGUCAACAAGUGUAAUGACAUCCUGAAGAACAAGGAUGACUCACCGAGCUACCUACCAACUAGACUGACGGCAAUAGCUUGCAUAGGGGAGAUGCAUUCAAAGUUGGGCAGGAUGAUGGGGCGCUCGUUUGAAGAAACUGUACUUCUUCUCAUCAAGUCGCUGAAGAAUUCAGAGUCUCAGGGCCGCAUGGAGAUCAUGAUGACACUACAGAAGAUUCUGGCAGGCCUGGGGUCAGCAGCAGUCAGCUGUCACAAGGACGUCUACAAGGCUACCCGGAGUGCGAUGACCGAUCGCUCCAUGUCUGUGCGCGCGGCCGCUGCCAAGUGUAUGCUGGAGCUCUCCAAGGAAGCGCAGUUCAUGUACACGACAGAGCUAGAUGCGAACGCUUCGCUGUGCUUCCGUGCGCUGGACGGCUCAAACUACGACGUCCGCUGUGCAGUGUCCUGCCUACUGGGCGAGUUGAUGGCAAAGUCCCAAGAUCCCAAGCUGACCAGUGGCAGCAAGGCGAAGCCAGUGUCGAUUGACGACGCACUCGGCACCAUGGCUUCAGGAUUCCUCCGUGGUGGCUUCGGCUUCCUGAAGGGCACUGAGAUGAUCAAAGGCAGCAGCACAUCGCGUGAAGUACGCGUUGGAGUCACCCAUGCAUAUGUGCGCUUCGUUGAGAUCAGGGGUGGACUGUGGCUAGAACGCAACAUCUCGCUGCUGCUCAAGCACCUGCUGCUGGACCUCGUCGCGAACCCCCGAGCCAGCGCCAGCCACGUCGACGCCGUCUACUCGCGCAAGUGCGUCAACUUUGUGCUGCGCACGGUGCUGGGCGAGCUGCUGGGGGAGAAGGCGCAGAUAUCCGCCGCCAAGGAGCUCUGCCACAUCAUCUUGCAGCAGAUGAACCUGCUGGGAGAUGCUACUACAGACAAGGAUAGCAGUGUGGAGUCGCUAGCCAGCCAGCAUGUUCUCGUCUGCGCCUUGCAUGAGCUGAGCAGCAUCGUUCAGCAUCUGGGCACGUCUGCUGGCCCACUCGUAUCAGAGCCAUCUACUGGCAUCAUCGCUCCUGUCAUGGCAGUGCUGAUCCACCAGAGUCUGGCGGCAAGACUGGCCGCGGCCUGGAGUCUGAGGAGCAUCGCCGUAGCAUUGCCCUUGCAACUCUGCCUUCUCAUCGACAGGUGUGUGGAGAGGAUGGAGAGCCUAAAGAGCUCACCGGAAGCAAUCGGAGGCUACAGCUGCGCAUUAGCAGCACUAAUAGGAGGUGUUAGUCAGUGUCCACUUGGCAUGCCACACAGCAAGAGUAAGCAAAUAUUUGGAAUGGCGGAAGAUCUGCUAAGGAUUGCAUCUCAGAACAGCCGACUAUCUCUUCAUAGAACCCAGGCUGGCUGGCUCCUGCUUGGUGCUCUCAUGACAUUAGGUAUCUAUUCUGGAAGUUGA